AUGAAGGACAAGCGGGCGGACAGCGGUAGCAGCACCAGCAGCAGUGGCAGCAGCGCCAAAACCUCUAGCAGCCGCUCAUCCAGCGACCUCAGCCGUCACUCCCAGGGCAAAGAGAGCCCCAAGAACGGGAAGAAGAUCCGGCGGAAACUACCGCCCAUACCUGUGGGAGAAGAACCUGUAGUGGCGCCCAAGUCGAAGCUCAAACGAGCCAAACCGCCAACUGUCAAGCGAGGAGAAGGUGUUGACAAAGAUGAUACUCAUGCUUCUCUAGGGGCUGACUCCCGUCGAGUGCAAUACCAGAGUUCUAAAAGCUCCGAUAGUGAGGGCUACUUUGUCGGUCCAAGUAACCGUAUUAGCAGGGUCCAGAUGAGGGACAGCGAUGAAUCGAUGAAUGAAGAUGAUGCAGAGGUGGCAAGGCUGACCACGGUGAGAGGUGAAGCUCCAGCGCCGAAAAGAAAAACACAUUUAGUAGACGUUGGCAAGUCAAAAAGCUUAGACUCUGCGGAGACUCUUUCUAGGUCCGAUGCAGCAGAAGCGGUUCGGAUGAAACCCCAUAUACAAAGAACGGCCUCGUUAGUUUAUGGUCCAAAAGAUGAGACAGACGAAAUUAUUGACUCGCUCAUUGACAUUUAUGGUAUUCCUUGCACGGAGGCUAUGAAAAGCCUGAAGAAACGGCUUCAGGAAGAGUUGAGGCGUGUGACAAAGGACAGAAAGAGGAAACUGGAAGAAUUAGAAGAAAUUCGGGCAUUGCAAAUGCAGAUAGGCGCUCUGAAAUCGGAAUCUGAUGCGUAUGCUCGAAGUAGAGCGUUUGCGGGGAGGAGAUCCCCGGCACAGCACUUGAUGGUGGAAACUCAGCACGAUACCCGGAAGAAGACAGGAGUCACUCAGUCUGCCUCAUCCUCUUCUUUAACUCCCAGAUCAUCUCCUCAGGUAACUCCUCGGCGUCAGCGACAUAAGCGUCAGUCUUCGGAUCCCAUGAUUUCAAAGUUCUCUCCUAUCAAAGAAGACAAAGAUAUUGAAGGAGAUUUCCAAACACGGGUGCAUGAGCCAUCGGACAGCAGAACGCUGAAGUACCAUACAGACGACAGCUCCCAGUCAGGUAUUAGUGAUUCUGAAAGCACUAGGUCCGAACCAGCUAGAGAUGCUCGCUACUUCAAACCAGACUCUUCCGACUACGCCAGAGCGUUCUACACUCAAAGAAGUGACCAUGGAGGUUCUGCUGAAAAAAUCCACUAUACCGGAUAUGAUCAUGGUCGAUAUGAUAGAGCUCAGGCCUUGUCUGGGAGCAGGUCUGAGCAGCACCUAUCUUCUCGUUCGAAAGCUUCUGUUUUUUAUUUAGACGAUGAGGAGACGAAAGCUCGCGAGGAGAAGAAAGCUAUGCUGCAGUACGAAAUCAUGAAAAGAAAACAACAAUUAGAGGAGACGGCGAGACUGAAAAACGAGCUUCUCAAACUAGCGAGAGCCAGGCAAAGUUUGGCCCAUAGCUAUGAUGAUAUCCCUCGGCAAUACGGGGCCCCCGGUGCCCCUCACAGACCCGUCCCCCGGGGUAUAAUCAAACCUAUUGACGACGAAUCCAAUCUUCUGUACGACUACCGAACCGACAGCGCCAGACGGUCAAGAGAACAUUCUCGAGAACGGUCACGUGAGAGGUCAGCAGAACGGAGAAGUGAAGGAGACCUCCAUAUCAGCAGCUUCAGGGAAGACGCCUUGGACAGCAUGGUCAUGUCAGAACACAGGUAUAGAGAGGCAUCCCGGCGACAUCACGCCCACCAGGCACCUCAGUCUCAGGAAGGUAAAGCGCUCUCUAACUACAGCUCCACUGAAUACCUGGCACACAAGCAGGAAUCCGCUGGCCGAAGGUACAUGGAAGAACCAGGUCAGUACGGCUCCCAAGGCUGGAUCGCUGGAGAUUACCCCACCGACGGACUAGCGUCUACUCAAGCAUAUUCUCAACCUUCGCUGAACAAGCGUGCUGAUUCUUCACAGUCAUUAGGCGUGUCCAGGAGGGAACCUUCGAAGAAGGAUCCCGGUAUUGUGUCCAGCGUCACUUUGCCUAACAUGUAUGCUGAACGGGCCGAGAGAGACUUCAGGCCUUCCUACAGGGAUACCGGCUUUGUCACCACAAGUAUCUCCGACACUGACGGAAGUCCUGCCAGUGACGUCACGCCGGCCAUGCCCCUACUGGACGAUGUAAAAAUUAAGUCCCGGACCAUCAUCCGGAACAUCGGCAGCGGCAGCCGGCCGGUGUCUGCCGAAUUUUGUGCCGGUGAAGUUGAAGAUUUGUUGAAUGCCAUGUACCGUGUUGAGAGUGACAACAGUGUGGAUGCCGAUGAACCAAUCAUGAAGCACAUGACAGAAGGAGGCGUGACUAUACUCAAACAGAUUGACAGGAAGCGAAGGUGCUGUGAUCCAGAUAGGAGUGUACUAAAGACAGUCGCUUUGCUUUUUUCAGGAAACGGACUUGGCAUGAAGAUUGUUGGCGGGAAACAAAUUCCUGGCACCAAGGAACUAGGGGCUUUUGUGACUGCCAUUUACCCGAUCAUUGCCGACCAGCUACACGGAGAACUGGACGUAGGUAAUCAAGCAGUUCCGGUAUCACUGAUGGAGCUAACUGCCCAGCCAGAGAGUUGUCGGUCCUCCUACGAUAACCUGGCCUUGCCGGCCUACGAGGAAUCGGUGAAGGAGCCACCCCUACAGAAACCCAGAGCGGGACCGACGCCAACGGGCAACAGGCAGGGUGUGGACCCUCGUCAACUUGCUGCUCAGCUGGAGGGGAUUCGAGAGGCUGCCUCGCCUGCUGAGAACUCCCCGAGCUCCUCCCACCAAGACGUAGCAACUCCUUCUGUGUCAUCUCCUUGUAGUACUCCCAGAUCCGACCCUACUAGUACCUCAUCAGAUCGACAGCAACGGCCGGCAUCAGCUCUAGCUUCUGGAAGCGGUGAUAAAACAGACCGGACCACGGACAAAUCCGACCGACAUACGGGCAGACGAAGACGCAAACAUUCCCCCCAGCCAGACAAGGCCCCAGCUCAACAGUCGCACCAUUCGCAUAGACAUUCAGCUCAUCAGCAUUAUCCAGCCGCGCCACAGCCACAACAGCAGCUGCCCCAGCAGCAGCAUAACCACCACCAUCAUCAUCAUCAUCACCACCAGCCAGCUCCGCAGUCGCACACACAAAGUCAACAUCAACAGUCAGAACCUGAAAGUGCUCAAAGUCAUCCGCCAGAAAGAGACACGUCAAUGGCAGAACGGGUCCCGCCGUCACGCAGGAAGACGGAACGCCGGAAACAGCAGGAUGCAGUCAGUCCGCAAACAGUCCCAGUCCUAGAGAAGCCAGCCUUGCCUGUAGACCCGUCUGAUGAAAGUACGUGUUCGAGUCCCGCCCUCAAUGACAGGCUGCGAGCCUCGCCGCCCUUGGACAACCGACGUUCCAUAAAGACCAGACCUGUGCGCAAAGGGAAGGACAUGUACUGUGCUCCGCCAAAAUCCCCGCCACAAGAGGUGGAGCCGGGUGAAGACUGUGGUUUAGGAGUUAUACAGCUCCAGAUCAGCCAUGAUGACUUCGACAACACACUCAACGUCCACGUGAUACAGGCCAGAAACUUGAGGCCUCGCGACCUCAACGGACUCUCCGAUCCCUUUGUCAAACUCUACUUGUUGCCAGGACGAGGACAGGAGAACAAGCGGCGUACAAAACAUAUCCCUCGAACCUUGAACCCAGAAUGGCACCAGACGGUCAUGUUCCAGGAUGUAGCCAGACUGGAGCUGCAGAACAAGGUGCUCGAGGUCACCGUCUGGGACUAUGACCGCUUCAAGACCAACGAUUUCCUUGGGGAGUUGAUCAUUGAACUCAGAG